AUGCACAAAAGACCUCUGUUCUCUAUCGGAGUUUUCAUCAGAAUGCGGGGACAGCAGCAUAUUGAAUCUGGGGUAGUUUUCGUUCAUCGGAAUUGGUAUGUGGAGGAAAUGUCGAACCGAAGCCUGGGAUACAAAGAUCGUUCGACCCUCAAUGAUCACGAUAUCGAGACUAAGAUCUCUCCUAACACUAACGGACUUCUCCUCCGGGCCAUUCUCGCCGCCGAGGACUGGGGCAGGGCCGCCGAGCUGAUAUACAACGUCUGGGGUGCAAUGCUGAAAGACCCCGAGACAAGGAGCGGCGCAAGUUGGGAGUAUCUUCCGGCUAUCGGUCAGCCAGGCCUGGGUGCUUUCACAAGCCUGGGUCACCCGUGGGGAGGCGCCGCAAACUACAUCCUCACUGAAUGGGCCGUUGGUUUGCGAAGUGCUGAUGGUGUUCAGGGCUUCGGGUACAAGAACUGGUGGUGA